GACAAACUCUCCUGGAAGUGGGAGGAUACCACAAGUGGAGGUGCCCUCCUCCGGGGGUAGGAGCCAGCUAACUUGCCAGGGUGUGAGGCAGCUCAGUCACUCUGCGCCAGAGGGCUCAGACACAAGUUCAGAGCCUUGCUUGCCUGUGGUUGUGCCAGGGAAGGUGGAGUGUGGUGAGCUGCUUUCUGAGGACAAAGAGGCAACAUCGCAUCUGUGCAGAUGUGCCGCACAUCUGGCUCCUCGGUGCACGCCAGCUCUUUGCACUGAACACAGCGAGGCCUGCUGCUUGGAAGCCCAGCUUUAGAGGGGCCGCCUUAGGGACAAAGUGAUCUCACGCUGGGAAGCAUUCUAUCCAGAUGCUGGCAAGCUUGCAGCUUCUGGAGUACUUGGUGCAACCGGGAAGCUGCAUUGCUUCCUAUAUCAGCAUCCGUCUGCACUUGCUUUUCCCUACCCUGAGGAAGACCCAGUGAAGCCCAGCCCUGAGCAUCUGGAGCAGCCUGAGCCCUGAGGCUCUUCCUCCUGCUUCCAAAACAAGGAGCACAAAGGCAGUGGGAGCAGGCUGGGGAGAAUCCAAUUUUCAGUGUUCAAAAAUUCCUGUUGUGCUGGUUGAUGUCAAGAGCCCUGCGUUCACUAAGGAACUUUGUAGUUGUUGGACAGGGGACGCCGUUGCUACAGAAACCAAUGUGUUUUUUCUUUCUGGCAUUCUUAAAGAGGGAUCAGUAAGUAGCUGGAGCAUGGAGGGAAUGUCCUCAUAGACCAUUUCACAGGUGUCUGACUCGCGUCUGACUCUCCAGCAAAGCAGAAAGGAGGGAACAUCACACCGAGGUGUGGCCAGCCCUUGCCAUUAUUGUGAAUCCCCCAGAGUUAACAUAGUCCCUUCCCAAAUCCACCUCUAACCUGUGGCUCAAUUAAAACUUUGACUCACACACAGGCAUGUCCUAAAGGGAGCUGAAGAGGAGGAGACAUGAUGAGGCAGGAAGAGGAAGAAAAGGAUGGGACCAGACUGAAGGCAAAAGGAGAAUUAGAGAUGAAGGAGGAGGAGGAGAUCAGUGAGACGGGAGAACUGGUUGGGUCUUUUACCAGUGCCUUGCCUGCCUCAAUGCCCCAAAACAGGGGGAGCCGGUUUUCUGAGGCAUGGGAGUAUUUUCAUCUGGCCCCUGCUCGUGCUGGGCACCAUCCCAACCAAUAUGCCACCUGCCGUCUGUGUGGCAGGCAGGUGAGCCGUGGUCCUGGGGUUAAUGUGGGCACUACAGCCCUGUGGAAGCACCUGAAAAGCAUGCACAGGGAAGAGCUAGAGAAGGGUGGCCAUGCACAGGCAGGGCAGCGCCAGGACUCAAGGCCUCAAGGGCCUCAGCUACCCGCAGGCAUUGAGGGUGACUGGGCCAGGCUCUUGCAGCAGGUGAGCACCCUGGCUCUGUGGGCAAGUCAGAGGGAAAAGGAGGUGCUUCGGAGGCAGAGGGCCGUGGAAUGGCGAGAGAGGGCAGUGGAGAGGAGGGAGCGAGCCCUGGAGGAGAUGGAAAGGGCCAUCCUGGCGAUGAAGUGGAAGGUGAGGGCUGAGAAUGAGGUGCACCACAGGGACAAAGACCCGCCUGCAGCAGCUCAUCCCUUCCACUUUGUCUAAAUUGGGCUGGGAGGUGGGGGAUCAGUUCUGAAAACAUUGACUUUAGACUCAUAGCAAAGAGCCGUUUCUGAUCUUGCUCAAAUAUAAAGCAAAGUAGCUUAGUGUGAAUUUAUUUUUAAGAGAAAGUGCCCAGCAGGCAUUAAUCUCAGCAGAUAUGAAUCAGCCAGAAUGCUUCCCUGUGCACUUCCUAGAGCUGUGCUGACCCUUGGCCAAAAUUUCAAAAUGCAGUAAAGACAAAUGGUGGUUUGCCUCCCUGGGCCUGUUUCAUUGUGGAAUGUACAAGUCCACCAGACGUGGUUAAUAAGAAUGACUGGAUUUAUCUUGGCACUUGGUUUCAGUGAGCUGGUGGUUUCGUGGUGCAGACUGGUUGGGUAGCUACCCUGUGCCUAUAGGAUCUGCUCACUCAGAGACUCGAGCAUGAGUAGAGCCCAGGCUUCCUGGGAUGGAGGCAUUGCAUGCAUGCUGGUUGUGAUGUGAGACCUGGAUAGCAAGCUUGCUCUGUAGGACCCUGCCGUGGGAAGACAAAGAAGCUUGGGACUCAGAGCUACAGACUUUCCAAACACAUCUGUUGCUCCUAUUACUGCACUAUUGUACCAUCUGCUUGGAUUAAAAUAGUUUC